AUGUCGUUCGCAGAGCGACAAAAGCAUCUCCUACAAACAGGCGAGUUUUCUGAUUUCAUCCUAACAGUGGAUGAAAGAGAUUUCAAAAUUCAUCGCAGUAUUGUCUGUCCUCAGUCAACUGUGCUGCACCGUCUAUGUGCAGGUAAUUUCAAGGAAGGACUCGAAGGUCGCGGGACACUCGCCGAAGAGAAUGCCGACAUCUUCGAGAAAGUCCUCGAAUUCGUGUACACUGGAGAAUACGACCCUUCAACGAACGAAUCCGAAAUCGUUGCCGGCGAUGACACCGAUAUAUCUGGCGAUGAAGGGGUGCCAGAAACUGACGGAAACGAGACUGAAUCCCUCCGCCAGCAGUCGGAGCAGAUCAUGGUUCAUGCAGAGGUUUACCUAUUGGCCAAAUACCUGGACAUCAGCGAGCUUAUGCAAGAUGCGACCAGCAGAUUCACAGCCGAGGUCAAGAAAAACUUCAGAGCCGAUGCUUUUCUCGAACCAUUUUCUCGAGUAUUUAAUAAUGGUGGUGAUGGUGACAGUGGACUAAGAGCCCAAAUCCUCGAGCUCUGUUUGGAGAACUCUGAACAUCUCCCACAAGAAGGGCAGUUAACCUUGCUUCUCCUGCAGCACGAACCCAUUGCCUGGAAGAUGUUGACACGGCAGGCUCACGAACACGCUUGCCGGGUUGAAGAGGUCAUUGAAACGCAGCGAGCCCUUGAGGAAACUCUGCAGACUUCGCAAAAAACCAUUGAGACUCUGAAACAGAGAACGAAAGAAAUGACAACAGAUAGAGAUCGCACGCUCUCGUUGCUCGAGAUGUAUGACACGUGUCGAAAUUGCGAUAAGACUUUCGGCUCAUACAUUGACAAGCACGAACGUGGCAUCAUCCGGUGCAAGGAUUGUAGAUGCCGGCAUUAUACCUAA